GGACGAGCUGUAUAGCAAGCCUCCUGGUAACCCGCGUGGAGCUGGCCCGGAGUAUUCGGCCUUGGUAAACCCCGGCUCCCGGGACGCCCGGGGAGUCUCCUGCUUCUUCUUGGUGUAUCCUGGCGGGAGGCGCGGGUAGGUAGUUGGUUCCUGUAGAAUUAGAUGGUGCGCCAUGGGGCUCACCAAGCAGUACCUGCGUUAUGCUGCCAGUGCUGUCUUUGGCUUGAUUGGCAGCCAGAAGGGCAACAUUGUUUUUGUAACUCUGCGUGGUGAGAAGGGGCGCUAUGUGGCAGUGCCAGCCUGUGAGCACGUCUUCAUCUGGGAUAUACGGAAAGGGGAGAAGAUUCUUAUUCUUCAGGGACUUAAACAUGAAGUUACCUGUUUAUGUCCCUCACCAGAUGGGUUGCACUUAUCUGUGGGCUAUGAGGAUGGGUCUAUCCGCAUCUUCAGUCUUCUGAGUGGUGAAGGGAAUGUGACCUUCAAUGGACAUAAAGCAGCUGUCACUGCCCUGAAUUAUGAUCAACUGGGGGGCAGACUAGUAUCUGGCUCCAAGGACACUGAUGUUAUUGUGUGGGAUGUGAUCAAUGAGAGUGGCCUCUACCGUCUGAAGGGACAUAAAGAUGCCAUCACACAGACAUUGUUCCUACGAGAAAAAAACCUGCUGAUUACCAGUGGCAAAGACACUGUGGUGAAAUGGUGGGACCUUGAUACACAGCAUUGCUUCAAAACAAUGGUUGGCCACCGAACUGAGGUUUGGGGACUGGCUCUAGUGUCUGAAGAAAAACGUCUCAUCACCGGAGCUGCAGACAGUGAGCUGAGGGCUUGGGACAUCUCUUACAUCGAGGAGAUGAAAGACCUUGACGAACCCAAUUCAAAGAAGAGCAGAGGAUCUUCACUUGGGAUGCUGGGGACUCAUGAAACAGAGACUGGGGACCCUGAAGCGGAUGAAGACCCUGAGGAUCGUAUUCUUUCAUGUAGCAAAGUGGGUUCCAUAAUGCGGGAAGGAAGAGACCGAGUUGUGAAUCUUGCUGUUGACCGGACAGGCAGGAUUCUUGCUUGUCAUGGAACCGAUUCUAUUUUAGAAGUGUUUUGUAUUCUUUCCAAAGAGGAAAUUCAGAAGAAAAUGGAUAAGAAAAUUAAGAAAGCCAGAAAAAAGGCUAAUAAAUUAAGUUCUGGCGAAGGGGAACAAGAGGAUCUUGAGGUCAGUAUGUCUCUGCAAGAUGAGAUCCAGCGGGUAGCUAACAUCAAAGCUUCAGCCAAGAUCAAGUCCUUUGACUUGAUUCAUUCUCCCCAUGGAGGCUUGAAAGCUAUCUUCCUGCUGCAAAACAACCUCGUGGAGGUAUAUACAUUGAACCCCUCUACUCCUGCCCCACAGCCCAUCAGGACAGCCAGGAUCACCAUUGGGGGCCACCGCAGUGAUGUCCGGACCCUGUCAUUUAGUUCUGACAAUAUCGCCGUCCUUUCAGCGGCUGCUGAUUCUGUCAAGAUAUGGAACCGGUCUACCCUGCAGUGUAUUCGGACAAUGACUUGCGAAUACGCUCUCUGUUCGCUAUUUGUUCCUGGAGAUCGGCAGGUGAUCAUAGGAACAAAGACAGGGAAGCUACAGCUUUACGACUUGGCCUCAGGAAAUUUGCUGGAGACACUUGAAGCACAUGAUGGAGCUCUAUGGUCAAUUUCACUCUCUCCAGAUCAGCGUGGCUUUGUAACUGGUGGUGCCGACAAAACUGUCAAGUUCUGGGAUUUUGAGUUGGUGAAAGAUGAAAACUGUGCCCAAAAGAGGCUUUCUGUGAAGCAGACCCGUAUCUUACAGCUUGAUGAAGAAGUGCUCUGUGUGCGCUAUUCCCCGAAUCAAAAGGUGCUGGCUGUGUCUUUGCUGGACUGUACAGUGAAAAUCUUCUACGUUGACACUUUGAAGUUUUUUCUCUCUUUAUAUGGACACAAACUACCUGUUCUGUGCAUGGACAUCUCUUAUGAUGGGGCACUAAUAGCAACUGGUUCUGCAGACAGGAAUGUGAAAAUCUGGGGCUUAGAUUUUGGGGACUGCCAUAGAUCUCUCUUUGCCCACGAUGACAGUGUCAUGUAUCUGCAAUUUGUACCCAAGUCUCAUCUCUUCUUCACUGCUGGGAAAGACCACAAGAUUAAACAGUGGGAUGCAGAUAGGUUUGAACACGUGCAGACCUUGGAGGGCCACCACCAGGAGGUAUGGUGCUUGGCUGUUAGUCCUAAUGGUGAUUAUGUUGUAUCUUCAUCCCAUGACAAAUCACUCCGACUAUGGGAAAGAACAAAGGAACCACUCAUCCUAGAGGAAGAACAAGAGAUGCAAAGGGAAGCAGAAUAUGAGGAGAGUGUGGCCAAAGAAGCCCAGCCAGUAGUUCCUGGCGAGGCUCAAGGUGAUGCUUACUUUCCUGGAAAGAAAACUGUUGAAACUGUCAAAGCGGCUGAGAGAAUCAUGGAGGCCAUCGUGUUAUACCGAGAAGAGACCGCAAAGAGGAAAGAACAUGAAGCCAUUUGUAAAGCCGCAGGGAAAGAGGUUCCUCUGCCAGUUAACCCCAUCUUAUUGGCCUAUGGAAACAUCUCACCUUCUGCAUACGUACUAGAAGUGUUUAAAGGAGUCAAGUCAAGUGAGUUGGAGGAAGCCCUCCUGGUGCUGCCUUUCUCAUAUGUGCCAGACAUUCUGAAGCUUUUUGAUGACUUUUUCCAGCUGGGCUCUGAUAUUGAACUCCUCUGCCGGUGCCUCUUCUUCCUCCUCCGGAUUCACUUUGGGCAAAUCAGUAGUAACCAAAUGCUUGUACCAGUGAUAGAGAAAUUGAAGAAAACCACCAUUUCAAAAGUCAGUGAAGUCCGGGAUGUAAUUGGAUUCAAUAUGGCAGGCCUUGAAUUUCUAAAGAGGGAAUGUGAGGCAAAGAGUGAAGUUGAAUUUUUCUCUGAUGCCACAAGCAAUUUGGAAGAGAAGAAACGGAAGAGGAAAAAGAGGGAGAAGCUGAUUAUGACAUUGACUUAGAGCCCAAACACCUCAACAGUUUUCACAUUCCCAUUAACUGGGCCUCUCAAAAUAGAAGGAACAGCUUCUUGACCUGAAUAUAUGGAUACUGACAUCAUGGGAAAAACACAGGACUCUAGUCUCCACUAUGCUCCUGACUUGUGACCUUGGGCCGCUCGGCUUCAGUUUUCUCAUCUGGAAAAGGAUGGGCUUGGACUGCAUGGUCCCAUAUGGUCCCUUCUAGCUUUAAACAGCUGAGAGUCAAGUACCAGAUGAUAAAGGACUCACUGAAUCGCUAAAGUACAUUGGGAGGAUCUGGCUCACAAGAGGAGUUAACUAAGGCACCUUGUGCAGGGCCUCAUACUUUCCUUGUUAGCAAGGGCUAGACAUAUUCUUGGAUAAUUGGCUUUCUUUUUCUCCAUUCUUAUUCAUUUGCAGAGGGGUUCUUGAACCCUUAAACUCAAGGGUUGAAGUUACUGACUUAGGAAUUUUAUUCAGUUCCUCUAUUGCUGGACAUGUGUGAAUAUUCUGCUAUUUAUUUUUUUUCCUUUUUCUCACAGGGAGUUUCUCCUGAGGUAUAGAAUUACCUCUUUCCUAAUGCAUUAUCAUUCUAAAAAAACUUAUUAUCUAAAGCAGGAAUUCCUUGUGCUUUUUACCCUACAGACUUUAAAAUAUUUGUGCUUGUAUGUAAAAAGAUAUGGUUAAGUAAUUGCAUUUCUUUCAACAAAAGAAUUAUUUUUAAGUAAAAUAAGUUCAUGAUGAGAUGACGUUUGAACUCUUGGAUUUAUAAUAUAGAGAUUUAGGAAAUUGUUACCUAUACAGAGCAAGUCUGUUCACUCCCUUCCCAAGCCCUGAAUGAGUCUAGCUUAGCCAUUCAAAUCCCUGACAAUGAAUCUGCCAAUAGAUCCCCCAAAUAGGAGAAAGUAGCUUGGGGAGGCAACGUGUACGUGGAUAAACAGAAAAGGUUCUGGCCAUAUUUAAUGAACUCCACAAAGGAGAAUUGCAGAAAGUAUCAAACAGCUUGCUGCCACUGUGACCUUUACUUGGUUUUUCUUUGUGAAACCUAGAGGAUGCUCUUGAAUCUUUUUUUGAGUGGAGAACAAUGUGACACAGGGAAAAGAAACCUGCUCUUAACUACAAUAUGGGGAGGUCCUUAAGCACAUGAGUUAGAUGUUAAAAAAUGUCAAAACCUCUGGUGCUUUAAAAAUACCUUUUGUCUGAGAUCCUCCCAUCCAGAAAAAUCUGGUCCUGUCAGUUAUGGAAUCGGAUACUUUUUUCAUGAUCAUUUCUAGUAGUAGUUUUAACAGGAUACCAAGACAAAAGUAAGUUACCCUGGGCUCUAAGACUACUUCCUGUUACUUUCGUUUGCCCUUUGAACCAAUUUAUUCCUAGCUAGCAGCUAUCAGAAAAUUCGUAAAGACAAAGGGUAUAUGUGUGCACAGCAUGUGACUAGUGGUUUAACCAAGAAUGAGACUUUUUGGUCAAAAUACUUGCAUGUCUUUAAGCCUGACAACCUUUACUAAAUGGGAAGAAAUGCACAAUGCUUAGUAAAAAGGCAUUUUAUUAAGUAUUUUUUUCUAGCAGACAGUAAGACAGCUUUUUCCAAGGCCAUAUCUGGAUAGCCUAAAAUGCUAUAUUAAAAACUAUAUAUGUGCUUUGUGAGGUACUUGAUCCUGAAACUUAAAAAGAGAAGGUUAAGUGGGCCUACUACUGCCUCUGUAACGACAAUUCUGAGAUGCCCAGGCUGGAUGGAGGUCGGUUCUCUUCUCUGUCUGCAGCAGGUAGACUGAUAAUCACAUCUGUAAUUAAAUUCAUUGAAA